AUGGAAGAAGCGACCGGCACGUCUUUCCCAAUCAUUGACAUAUCUCGCAUCCACGACCCCGAGUCCCAACUGCAACUCGCCCAAGAAAUCACCUCGGCCUGCCAGCAAUGGGGCUUCCUCCUGCUCAAAGGACACCCGAUACUACCGUCGGACAUCGACGAGAUGUUCUCCCUGGGAAAGCAAUUCUUCACGCUCCCAGAAGACCAGAAGGCUCCCUACCCGAUCACCUCUCGGACGAUCGGCUACGUGGGAAGUUUUCAAGACAGAGGCAAAGACGAUAAGAUGUCCAUGUGGUUCGGCGGCGGGCCCCCCGGCACGCUUGACGAUAACAAGGCCAUGCUCCCACCCUUCUGGCACGAGCACACGCGCAAAGUCGAGGCGUUCAAACACCAGUGCCACGCCCUGAUCGUCAAACUCCUCGAGUGCUUCGCGCUGGCCCUGCACCUCCCGGACCGGGACUUCUUUGCGACCGCGCACGACGAAUCCGCCAGCCAAGACAACUCCCUGCGCAUGAUCCUGUAUCCUGCGCGCUCGGAAAUGCCGGCCUUUGAAGGCCUGGGGUCCAGAAUGGCCGAGCACACCGACUCCGGCAGCGUGACGCUCCUGUUUCAGCGGGCGCCGGGCCUCGAGGUCCUCUCCCCUUCUGGCUGCUGGGUCCGCGCCCCGCACAUCCAGGACUGCAUCCUGGUGAAUUUGGGGGACACGCUCUCGUUCUGGUCCUCCGGGCGGCUGAAAGCCACGCUCCACCGCGUCACCUUUGGCAGCCUGUCGCACGACCAGGAGAGGCAGACAAUGGCCUACUUUGCCAAGGCGAGUCCCGACACGGUACUGCAGCCCAUCUUCGGCGAGAGCACGUCCAACAAGUACUUCACGAAUGGCGUGGAGCUGAGGCCGGGCAUGACGGUUCGCGAACUGAGCACCACUAUCAUGCGCAACAUCUACGGCGCCGCGUUCCAGUCUGCUGAGAAGCAGGUCGAGAGGGCGGACGUAGCGACGAGUGCGAACAGGCAGACUGCUGCUGCUGCUGCUGUCUGA